AUGGACUUCACCUGGUUUGUAACCUCUCUCCUGGCCAUGCUGGUCUCGUGCCUUCUCCUCUACUCAGCAUGGAAUAAAGUGUAUCGAAAACGGAACCUACCCCCAGGUCCCACUCCACUUCCUCUGGUGGGAAAUAUUUUUCACGUGGAAAGAGGAGAAAUGGUGAAAUCGUUAUUAGAGUUUGGUGAAAAGUAUGGGCCUGUUUAUACCCUAUAUUUUGGUUCUAACCCGGUGAUCAUUCUAUGUGGGUACCAGGCAGUGAAAGAAGCCCUUUUUGAUCAAGGGGAAGAUUUUGGAGGACGAGGGAAGCUUCCCACGAUUGAUCAAUAUAUGCAGGGAUAUGGAGUUGGUUUCAGCAAUGGCGAAAUAUGGAGACAGCUACGUCGCUUUUCCUUGACAACCUUGAGAAAUUUCGGCAUGGGAAAAAAAAGCAUUGAGGAGCGGAUUCAAGAAGAAGUUCAGUUUUUGGUGUCUGAACUGAGGUCAUAUAAAGAGAAAUCUAUUGAUCCAACCAACAUCCUAGUCCAAUCCGUCUCCAAUGUUAUCUGCUCCAUAGUCUUUGGAAAUCGGUUUGAAUAUGAAAACCAGAGCUUCCAAACACUCCUGGGCCUGUUUGCAGCUACAUUUAAAGAAAUGAGUAGCAGCUGGGGACAGCUUCUAAACAUGUUUCCAACAAUUAUGAACAAUGUUCCCGGCCCUCAUAAGAAGAUAAAUAAACAUCUGGAUCUUUUGAGUGACUUUAUCAAGGAACGAGUGAAGAAGAAUCAAGAGACCCUGGAUCCAGAUUCGCCCAGAGACUAUAUUGACUGUUUCCUCAUCAAGAUGCAGCAGGAGAAGCAAAAUCCAACAUCUGUUUUCCACACAAAGAACCUGUUGAUGACAGUUCUGACCCUCUUCUUUGCUGGUACGGAAACUAUAAGUACCACUCUACGGCACGGGAUGCUAAUCCUCCUCCACUAUCCAGAAAUACAAGAGAAGCUUCAUGAAGAAAUCAGAAGAGUGAUUGGAGAUAACCGCAGCCCAACCAAUGAGCAUCGGAGCCAGAUGCCAUAUACAGAUGCGGUCAUCCACGAGAUCCAGAGAUUCUCUGAUGUUAUACCCAUGAAUGUUCCUCAUUUAGUCACAAAAGACACCACAUUCAGGGGCUACACUAUCCCUAAGGGCACAGAUGUCUAUCCUCUUUUGUGUUCUGUUCACCGAGAUCCAAAACAAUUUGCGACUCCCUUCAAAUUUAAUCCAAACCACUUCCUGGAUGACAGUGGUCAUUUUAAGAAGAAUGAGGCCUUCAUGCCUUUUUCUAUAGGGAAGCGGAUCUGUCUGGGGGAGGGGUUAGCUCGGACCGAGCUCUUCCUGUUCCUGACCACCAUUGUGCAGAACUUCAAACUGUCCUCAAAAACACAAUUCACAGAGUCGGACCUCGCUCCUAAAAUGAAAGGCUUUGCCAGCUACCUCAUUCCGUAUGAGCUCUCAUUUAUCCCUCGUUAGAUCUGGGGGCAACUGCGAUCUCAAGGCAGAUGGUUCCCAAUGGCUUUGCCACCCUGAGCUUUAAAUUUGUUCACAACACUGGGCAAUGUUAAGGUUAAACCGUAGGACAACCGUGAAGGCCUAAACAACUUGUGUAAUAUCCCAGUUAUUUAGUAAGGGUGCCGCUGUGUUUUUAUCAGGCGUAACUGAUUAUUUAAAUUGUAAGGUAAAGCUUGGAUUCUGUAACUAUUGGGUUUUGCUGACCAUUCAGGUAUUCCUGGGAAGCAAUGGCUAUUUUAUAAUCCUUUUGAUAAACUGUGCUCACUGUUUAAAGUGACGAAUCCAGAACAUGCAAUUCAUGGAAUUUAAAUUAUGGAAAAAUCACCUAAACCUUUGGUUAAACCAAUUCACUGGAGGGGGUUAUAAUGGAAUAUCAGGGACUGUUCAAUAUACAUUUAUCAAGUUGUUUUAUCUUUCAUCAAUAUAUCUCCUUAACCGCUUCAAUACCAAACACUUUUUCUUUCAUUUUUAAAAUAUUAGAAUUACCUUUGUUUGAAAUAGGGGGAUGUAUAACUAGCA